GGGGCGUCUGGCGCUGCCUUUUCUCCAAGCAGGUACUUUCGUUUUCCAGCGUUGGGUUUGCGGAGAGACCCAGCCACACCAAGAAGGACGCUUGUCAGACCCUCAGAUGGGACAGAGGUGACUCGGCGCUCCCGGGAGAGGUUGCACAGCCGCUCCCCGUCCCGUCCCUGCGGGAUCCAGAGUACAGAAAAGUUUUUGUUUGCGUGUGCCACCCCCAGAGAGCUAAGACGCUCGCACCCUGUGCAGGCAAAACAGCCUUGGCUUCUGACGUGCUGUGUGUAGCUGCUGCUUGUGUGAAUCAUCAGCCCUUUGCUUGGGCACAAGGUGGAGGAUGUCCCAGUGGUAUGAGCUUCAGCAGCUUGACUCCAAAUUCCUGGAGCAGGUUCAUCAGCUCUACGAUGACAGUUUUCCCAUGGAAAUCAGACAAUAUCUGGCACAGUGGCUAGAAAAUCAGGACUGGGAGCACGCUGCCAAUGAUGUUUCGUUUGCCACCAUCCGUUUUCAUGACCUUCUGUCGCAGCUGGAUGAUCAGUACAGUCGAUUUUCCUUGGAGAAUAAUUUUUUGUUGCAGCAUAACAUUAGGAAAAGCAAGCGUAACCUUCAGGAUAAUUUUCAAGAAGACCCAAUACAGAUGUCUAUGAUCAUCUGUAACUGUCUGAAGGAGGAAAGAAAGAUCUUGGAAAAUGCCCAGAGAUUCAAUCAGACUCAGUCAGGGAAUAUCCAGAGCACUGUGAUGUUAGACAAACAUAAGGAGCUUGACAGCAAAGUCAGAAAUGUGAAGGACAAAGUUAUGUGUAUAGAGCAUGAAAUCAAGACCCUAGAAGAUCUACAAGAUGAAUAUGACUUUAAAUGCAAAACCUUGCAGAACAGAGAACAUGAUACCAAUGGUGUGGCAAAGAACGAUCAGAAACAGGAACAGAUGUUACUCCAAAAGAUGUAUUUAAUGCUUGACAACAAGAGAAAGGAAGUAGUUCACAAAAUAAUAGAGUUAUUGAAUGUCACCGAACUUACCCAGAAAGCCCUGAUUAAUGAUGAACUGGUGGAAUGGAAGCGGAGACAGCAGAGUGCCUGUAUCGGGGGACCCCCCAACGCUUGCCUCGAUCAGCUGCAGAACUGGUUCACCAUAGUUGCAGAAAGUCUGCAGCAGGUUCGUCAGCAGCUUAAAAAGCUUGAGGAAUUGGAGCAGAAAUACACCUAUGAACAUGACCCUAUCACAAAAAACAAACAAGCAUUGUGGGACCGCACCUUCAGCCUCUUCCAGCAGCUCAUUCAAAGCUCAUUUGUGGUGGAAAGACAGCCCUGCAUGCCAACUCAUCCUCAGAGGCCAUUGGUCCUGAAGACUGGAGUACAAUUUACUGUGAAGUUGAGACUGUUGGUGAAGUUGCAAGAGCUGAAUUAUAAUUUGAAAGUCAAAGUCUUAUUUGAUAAAGAUGUCAGUGAAAGAAAUACAGUAAAAGGGUUUAGAAAGUUCAACAUUUUGGGCACUCACACGAAGGUGAUGAACAUGGAGGAGUCCACCAAUGGGAGUCUGGCGGCAGAAUUCAGACACCUGCAACUGAAAGAACAGAAAAAUGCCGGCGCCAGAACCAACGAGGGUCCUCUCAUCGUUACCGAAGAGCUUCAUUCCCUUAGUUUUGAAACCCAAUUGUGCCAGCCUGGCUUGGUCAUUGACCUUGAGACCACCUCUCUGCCCGUCGUUGUGAUCUCCAACGUCAGCCAGCUCCCGAGCGGUUGGGCCUCCAUCCUGUGGUACAACAUGCUGGUGGCAGAACCCAGGAAUCUGUCCUUCUUCCUGAACCCACCUUGUGCACGAUGGUCUCAGCUUUCAGAGGUGCUGAGUUGGCAGUUUUCCUCUGUCACCAAAAGAGGUCUCAAUGUGGACCAGCUGAACAUGCUGGGAGAGAAACUUCUUGGUCCCACUGCUGGCCCUGACGGUCUUAUUCCCUGGACGAGGUUCUGUAAGGAAAACAUAAAUGACAAAAAUUUUCCUUUCUGGCUUUGGAUUGAAAGUAUCCUUGAACUCAUUAAGAAACACCUGCUCUCUCUCUGGAAUGAUGGGUGUAUUGUGGGCUUUAUCAGCAAGGAGCGAGAGCGGGCUCUGCUGAAGGACCAGCAGCCGGGGACGUUCCUGUUGCGGUUCAGUGAGAGCUGCCGGGAAGGGGCCAUCACGUUCACGUGGGUGGAGCGGUCCCAGAACGGAGGCGAACCUUACUUCCAUGCAGUUGAACCUUACACGAAGAAAGAACUCUCUGCUGUUACCUUCCCUGACAUUAUUCGCAAUUAUAAAGUCAUGGCCGCUGAAAAUAUUCCAGAGAAUCCCCUGAAAUAUCUGUAUCCAAAUAUUGAUAAAGACCAUGCUUUUGGAAAGUACUACUCCAGGCCAAAGGAAGCCCCAGAACCUAUGGAACUUGACGGCCCUAAAGGAACAGGAUACAUCAAGACUGAAUUGAUUUCUGUGUCUGAAGUUCACCCUUCUCGACUUCAGACCACAGACAACCUUCUUCCCAUGUCUCCUGAGGAGUUUGACGAGGUGUCUCGAAUGGUGGGCCCUGUAGAAUUUGACAUGACAUGGAACAAGUUCUCUGGAACUAUGAACCUUGACUAAAAUCAAGCAGUUAGUAAAUGAGGGAAUGAAUAUUUGAAUCCACUUGGGCAGUUUCAAGACUGAGUGUUCUUGUCCACUCUCCUGGAAUGCCUCCCACAGAAAGCUGAUUUCUGAUUCAUUCAAAACCUGCACCCCAGAGAAGCUAUUUGCACUUGGUAUUGAGUGUGUGUUAUUCUGGUUUAUUAAGACGAAGGCAGUGUAGCCUUUGGAUGAAUGCAGUAUAGAGCAUGAAUUUUUCUCAUCUUCUCUGGCGACAGUUUCCCUUUCCACCUGUGAUUUCCUCCUGUGCUCUGUUCCUUCACAUUCUGUGUUUCUAGGAAAAUGAAAGAAAGGCCAGCAAAUUCGCUGCACCCUGUUGAUAGCAAGUGGAUUUUUCCCUAAUUCAGAAACAUCUGUCACUCUGAAGGGCUUCAUGCAUCUUACUGAAGGUAAAAUUGAAAGGCCCUCUCCACAGAGUGGGUUUUCGGAUACACCGAAAAUAUCAGGACUAGAAUGAGAGUCCUUUGAGAGAGUGAGAAGUUUAUCAGCAUCUAGCAAAUGCCAUGAGAGUCGGUGCCCAGCUAUUCGAGGUGUUAGGAUAGAUCACACGGUUAUUUAGACAACUGCUCGAGGAGGGAUUGGCUUGCUUUGUUUUGGAAAAUUCUUAUUUGUUCUCUCUGCUUUAAAUAUGGCUGGAAGUUUUCCAGUGUUGACUGCGAAAUAGUGCAAAGUUAAGUUUAUAUAUAGGAUUACAUCAACUCUUUAUGGAUGGUAACCAGCCAUCCUGUAUCUGGGUGGGGCAUAAAAGUUGUGUUCUCGAUUUUGUUAUAUCUUCCACACAGGCCAUUGAAAGCUGUAGACAAAUUCUCUCUCUUGGGAGAAUUAACUUUUCUGUUAUGGCUUUAUGCUGCUGGCUACUAUCAUUUGAAGGAAGUAAACUUUCCAAAUUGACGAGUAGUGUUUUCUGUUUAAACUUUAAUCUUCAAAGCUGAAUGUAUUUUUCCUUCAUCGUGGUCACUAGUAAAUGAAAUUGUCUUCACAGUUCUAUCAAGGGAGCCAGACUAUUAAUGGCUGUCUUAAAGAAAAUCCUGUUACUUUUCAAAAAGUUGAAGUUAAUUGUAGAUGGAGACAAACUCAGAAAUUUAAUGCAUGCUUCUUAAAUGUGUUCGCUUGUCUUUAUUGUUAUUAGCUAGUAUUUAGUCAUGGUCAUAAAACUUUCAAAACUGAGGAGAAACUGUAGUAACUGACAAAUCAUUAACCAGAGAUUAUGAGAAUCAAAUAAUUUGAAGACUUAUCCUGUGUACCUGCAUGAGAAUUGAAUGUUUUUCACUGAUAAAUGUGUUUCUGUCACAAAUACAUUGCAAACGGUU